AUUCUCUAUGGUGAAAAACCCCAAACUUUUGCGUCACUGAGAUGCGACGGAAGUCCUUACUCCACAAGCAGCUGUCCUUGAAUGCACUGGGGAAACAUGUUACACAACUAAAUGCUCUUUUUGGCAUUAUUGAACAAACUAUUCAUACCGGAGUAGUGAUAUAAACAUUCAUGUAAAUUUCACCGAGCCCAGCGAUGUCUGCCCCUGACUCGAAACAGAGAAAAGCAUGCUGGGGCACUAGGGACGAGCUGUGGAAGUGCCUUGAUUAUAACCAGGACAAUGCCGCCUCCUGUGAGAAGUUCCAGAAAGAGUUUGAGGCGAGCUGUCCUGCUCAGUGGGUGAAAUACUUCACCAAGAGGAGAGACUUCUUGAAGUACAAGGAGAAGAUGCAGACGGAGGGCUUUGAGCCUGCUGCCGGGCCUAAAGAGUCACAGUCCUAGCCGGUAGCCACUGGUCAGAAGACUGAGAGGAGGGCUUCCAGGGGCCUCCUGGUUGAGGAUGGACAGCAGUGGACUGUCACUGGACACUAAGAGCACAAUCCUGCUAUGCCUCCCAGCGACGACAGCCGCUGGAGGUCAGUGACCUCACACCUAGACCUGAACACGCCGGGGUAGAUGUCACCUACGGGCCGCGGUCAGAUUCUCAAGCCUCUCCCCGAGUGUGCACUUAACUUGGUCACACCUUGCCUCCGACUAGUGACCAUACCGGCGUCACACGGGGGACAGGUGUGUGGUGACGUAACCACGGCGAGUGCUGUGGAAAGUGCACCCCUCAAAAGUCACUGACAAUGGUUCUCCAGGCUUUCUCCGUGUCUCUCUGCUCUCUCAAUACAACAUCAAGUGGUUGUAUGUGGUGUUGACAAUGCUUUUAUUUGACCAAAUAUCAACUGAACACAUCAACAGCUCCGUAACGGAUAGUCUUAACCACCGACUCAUUUCUUAUUCAUGCUAUUGUCAAAGAUGGAUGCAGAGAUGCUUUAUUUAUGAAUAGACAGUGACUGUGUGUGUGUGAUUUGUUGUGUUAAAUAAAGAUGAGUCAAUGGUU